AACCUUCUCAUCUCUAAGUAUAGUUGGCUACAAAAGCAAAUGAGAAGCUUUGGAAAUUCGGGGCAAUGGCCCUUACUUGUUGCUGCUUUAGCAAUUUGCUUUGUAGCCAGCACUGUUGUUGCUGAUUACUCUUACGGGUAUGCUUCUCCCUCACCUUACAACUCUAAGAAGUAUUACAAAUCACCAUCUUCACCCAAAUAUCAAGUGCCUACUCCUUCAAAGCACGACUAUUACAAGUCGCCUACGCCUUCAAAGCACUACUACAAAUCACCAGUAACAGUGAAGUAUUACAAAUCACCGGCUCCUUCAAAGAAGUACUACAAGGUGCCCACCCUUGUAAAGAAGUACUACAAGGCGCCCGCGCCUGCAAAGAAGUACUACAAGGCCCCCGCACCUGCAAAGAAGUACUACAAGGCCCCCGCCCCUGCAAAGAAGUACUACAAGGCCCCCGCCCCGGCAAAGAAGUACUACAAGGCGCCGCCUUGAAAGAAGUACUAC